CAAUUUUAGUAUAAUAUAUCAAUUACUAGUCUUUAGUAGUUAUAUUUUUAUUCCAACUACUUUGUUACACGUCAAUGUACUACAUUCCAUCUUACGAUGUAUUUUUUGUUCUUUAUUUGUGAAUGCAUUCUUUAUUUUUAUUUUAUGGAUAUGGUUACGAAAUACACUGAUACGACAAAAACCUACAACUUCCACCCUCCCAACAUGAUGCCCUCUGUCUCCACAAACAAACCAAGGAUCAAUGACGAUGAUGCGAAGAAACUCAAUGAUUAUUUAGUAGUGGUGAUUGAUCCCCAUUCUCGCGAUGACAUUUUGGACUGUACUCGACAAGAAUAUGAACUCAACAUGGAAGAACAACGUGUGCUACAUCGUUUCAAAAAGGCCAAUAUAUUUGAUCUUUUGAACUUUUGCUUGGAUGGCACUUUGGAUAAUUUGUUGGAUCGCAUGGAUGAUAUUAAGGCUAAUACUGGCGAUAAUGAUGAUGAACAACAAGACAAACGACUCCUCCGUUACAUUCUGUCCGAUUAUCACGCGAAUUGCAGCAAGCCAUCUUACAUCGUACUUCCCAAUGAACGUACUCCUUUUGCUGAAUACGUCAUUCCUAUCUUCAAAUAUUUCAGUGCAUCAACAAAACUGUUAUCUUUUAUUUGGUAUUGAAUAGCUCAUGUUUUUAACAAAUGAUAGAUCUUAUCCAUUUUGACUGACAACGCUCGUAACAUGGACACGAUGAUGGUGGAACUGGAACAACACUUUCGACGAAAUUCGAUUAAUUUCAACGCCAACCAAAGACGUAUUCGAUGUGCUGCCCAUUCUAUCAACCUGGCUGUGCAAGCUGCCAUCACUUCUUUGACUCCUGUACCUCGACAAG